AUGCCGAAGGCAGAAUUUGGAACGCCAAAAUGGAUGAGCAACAGAAUAAAAGCUUCUGGUCUUCAGAAACUGCGCUGGUAUUGCCAGAUGUGCCAAAAGCAAUGCAGAGACGAAAAUGGCUUCAAGUGCCAUCGAAUGUCUGAGGGCCACCAGCGUGCCAUGCAGCUUUUCAUUCAGCGUCCUGGGCAGUUUAUGGACGAAUUUUCCCGCGAGUUCGAAGAUGAGUUUAUGAAACUCAUGAAGACAAGGUACUGUCGUACGCGAGUGUUGGCCAAUACGGUGUAUAACAACGUUGUCUGCGACAGGCACCACAUUCACAUGAAUGCAACCAUUUGGGUCACACUUUCUGAAUUCGUUCAGUACCUGGGGGCGACGGACAAGUGUAAAAUAGAGCAUACACCAAAGGGAUGGUAUGUGGAGUAUAUCGACCACGAAGAGCUAGCCAGAAAGAAAGAAGAGGAAAGAAAGAGAAAAGUAGAAAAAUCUCAGGAGGAAGCGCGUAGGGAGCAUAUUCAGGCCCUUGUUGAAGAAGCUAAACAACGCGGCGCCUUCCGAAAGCCAGAAUAUACGCCGUUGCAGCGAGAGAACGGCCAACUAAUUGCUCUUAGCUUUACAAAGCAGCAUAAGGAGUCAAGGGACAAGAUAAAUGCUUUGGAGCAGUUGUACAAACAGAUGAAGCAUGGUCGAGAGGGUAACAGCGAUAGACAGCCAGAGAAACGCAAGCUAUCUGCGAUGGAGGCGUUGGCGGUUGAGGCGGAGCACCGCGAGCAAAGGGCAGCGCUUGGUGAAAGCAGUGAUUCCUUUGAACAGAGCCACGCUCUCUCAUCAUCGAAAAGGCGCAAUAUGGCACAGAAAGGGGAUACUGAAGGGGCUUGCGACAGUUCCCACCUGACACCACCUCCACACAAGCAUGCUGGUGCAGACUGGUGGAUACGGCCAGGAAUAGUUGUUAAGGCGAUGCACAAAACGCUCGGCGAAGGACAGUACUACAAGCAGAAGGGAGUGGUCAAGAGCGUAGAUGGGAGGUAUUCCGCUGUUUUGGAGAUGUUAGAAGGUGGAGCAAUACUAAAACUCGACCAAGAGUAUCUAGAAACUGUAAUACCACCAAUCGGAGGUCGCAUUUGUGUUGUGCUUGGCAUGUGGCGGGGGCACGAGGGUAGACUAGAGCGUCUGGACAUAGAUUCAUAUUCAGCAAAAGUCACCCUUGACUCUGGGCCUCUGUUUAAGCUACAACAAUACAAAAAUGCUUCAGGGGUCCCUGUUGAGGGGCUGCCCUACGAGCACAUCUGCAAACUACACCGACAGAAGUGA